UUAAGAAAGUUCAGAAAGAUGAUAAAACGUGAAUAAAUCAGCAAAAAUAUUAUAUGCAUAGAUGAGACUUUCCAAUUUGAGACUCCAGAACGUCUCAUGAUGAUUUCUCAAAACUAUUUCUCGUCUCCAUUGUUUAUUGAGACGACGGAGUCAAGUCAAAUAUCAAAUCUCAUCAACCGAGAAAGCAGUGGUGCUGAGACAGGCCUGACCGAGGGACCGCUAUUCUUUGCUUCAAUCAAAAUUCCUACUCCGCUUGCUUCCAGCUAUCAUCAUCAUACUAAUAAUACCACGGGCUCCACGCGGUCCUGGUGGACUACAAGUCGGAUAUAUCCUCACAAUUCACACAGUUGUUGGUUGGGCAGCUCAGGUGCUUGCGCUAAUGAUAAGAUUGGAGGCACGUUUGGCUUCAAUAGGAUCGGGAGAAAGACAUGAUAGUUCUUCAGAUUCGGUGGGAGGUGGAAACGGGGUCCAGACCCAGGAUAAAUCAACAACAUCACUUUACAUUCGCCGAAAUUAUUCACUUUACCAACAGUUGACAAACAAUGAUUUACGCGUGUUGGAGUUGCCGACGUCGCCCGUCGAAAAAAAGACAAUUCAAGAUCGUUGGACUGCCCUCCCCAGUCCACUACCUCAUCCACCACCUUACAUUAACAAGUCGGCCGAACCUCAGCACAUGCCUCUCCGAAUGAAAUCGCUACCAUCGUUUGGAUUCUCCCUAAAAAAAUCCCAUACUUCAAAAAAUGGAAAGGUCCAGAACAAAAAUAAAAAACAAAAGCAAUGUGAUGACAAUGUCGAGGCGAUCAAUGCCAAUAAUGCUGCUGCGACAGCUAUGCUACCUUCAACUAAUAGAGGUCGAAAAAGGAAGGAUACUGUUGUUGUGACCCCUAUGAAAAGCAAUUCUGAUCAAACCUCCAUCACACGAUGGGUGGUUGGAGAAGAUCACCAAGAAAAAAAAACUAAGAAUGAUAACGAGGAGGAUAUUGUUAAAAUUGUCGGGCAAUCAGUUCAAGUUUCAAAUCAUAAUAAUGAUGAGGCAACUAUUGAAGACCAACAAAGUUCAAUUAUGGAUAAAUCAUAUUCUGCUAUGGAAGAGAAAAACAAUCAGACAAGAAAAGCUUUACACGAAAUUGUAAACGUAUUGAAUCGUGAAUUGAUAAACAAGAACGAGCAUUACAAAAUGCUUCUCGAAAUGCAAGCACCACCUGAGAAUACUUCCGAGAUUCUUCAACUUCUAGGUUAUUGUAUAGGGAAAACGUCUCGUGAUCGAGUGAAGAAGCUUGAAAGCCCAACUAUAAAGCUAGACAAUACUGCUGCUGAGGAGCAUCAUAAUCCUAUCACCGAGCUACCAUUUCAUGAUGAACCCAAUUUACAAUUUUCUCAAAAUACUUUUAAUCACAGGAGCAAUGACACAUUGCAUUUUGAUGUCCUAGAUUCCGAACAGCUGUCGUUGGUGAAUUCUAAUGACGAUCUCACGAUGCUUGAAAUACUUCGUUGUUUAGACACUCCUUUCUAGUUCCAAACAACCCAAAGGCGACAAUUCUUAUUUCGUAGUUCAAAAACUACUGCAAUUUAAUUUAUUAGCAAAACAUUUUAAUUAUCAAUAGAAUUGAACAUCAUCACUUUUUGUUAAAGCAGAAGAGCAUGAAUUUCAUGGCAUGCUGUACGUCAGUCAUUUUCCAGAAUAAAAUAAAAAUGCAUGAGCGAACAGUGUACGUACGUCAUACAUAGGAUUUAACUUUAUAUAUGUACAUAGACAAUAGGCAAAAUAAUUUUUCCUACUUAUUCAUAUUGCGCGAUUAGUACCAUCAUGUAUA